CAUUAAAAACUUUCUUUAUCGGCAAAAACAAGAGAACUACUAGAGACCUAUUACCUUAUUGCUGAGGGAUACCGCGUACACGUAUGUGUCAUGGGUAAUCCGCAAUUUCGUCACAUUGAAUUUCAUGAGCCCAAGCUGCACAAGAAGAAUCGAAUAAUAUGCCGCUCGAAUGUUACCAUUCUUACUGAAUAUCCGUAAACUCUCAAGGUUUACUAAAUUACGAAACUACUUCGAUUUUACACUACCAACAGAUUUCACAAGCUACUACCUAGGAAAAACACAGAACAAUUACGAAAACAUUGCUUACCGAAUUGGUUUCUUAGCCUAUUUUUCGGAUAUAUUUUUAGCACAUUUUCCGGUAUUUGUAGCAGGGUAUAUGAGGCAAAAACACGUCAUGACAAUAUCCAGAGCAGCAGAGUUUGGUGGAAAGAUCAUAGUUCCACUGUUUCUUUAUUAGUAUGAGCAUUGGAGCUGCUUUUCCUGUGCCAUUUUGCAGUUCUAGGAAAUGAAAGGCCAGGAUUUAAUAAACUCUGUAAUUCCAGAUGAGAUCAUGAUCAAGGCAUUUAACUAUUUGGAUGGACAAAAAAUGGAUAGGGAUUCGUGUGCUUUGGUCUGCCAGAGAUGGUAUCAGCUGGAACGUGCAAGCCGGCACACAAUUCGAAUAGGGGCUUCAGAUGGUUCUGAUGAGUGCAUAGGUUUGCUUGUACAGUUGUUUACGGAUCUGCGCUUUGUGUACAUGGAUGAAAGACUCUCAGUGUCUGCACAACCACCUUCCAGUUCUCAUCUUGGUUUUAGACUAAAGUCAAGCAGAGCUACUGCCACUGGAAGUUCAUCAUCAAGGCGAGGAGUGAAGCGAAAUUACUCAAUGGGGAAAUAUAGAAUUGAAGAAGAUGAACUUGAAAUGACGACUCUUUCUGAUCUUGGUUUGAAUGUUCUCGGGAAAGGAUGUCCAAGACUGGAAAAACUGAGUUUAGUAUGGUGCUCUGCAGUAACCAGUCUGGGCUUGGUGUCAGUAGCCAAGUGUUGUAAGUCCUUGAAGGCCUUAGAUUUACAGGGUUGCUAUAUAGGUGAUCAAGGUCUUGAGGCUGUAGGAGAAUAUUGCAAGCAGUUUGAAGAUCUAAAUCUGCGGUUUUGUGAGGGGAUGACUGACAGAGGUGUGAUAUCAAUAGCUAUUGGUUGUGGGAGAACAUUGAAAUCCCUUGGCAUUGCAGCAUGUGCAAGGAUAACUGAUAAUUCUCUCAAAGCUGUUGGAGCUCACUGCCAUUUUCUUGAAAAAUUAAUCCUGGAUUCUGAGUCUGUUAAUGAUGUGGGAUUGUUGGCAGUAGCUCAAGGAUGCUCCUCGUUAAAGUAUUUACAGUUGCAGUGUGUGAAUGUAACAGAUGAUGCAUUACAAGCUGUGGGUGGAUUGUGCCUGUCAUUGAAGACACUGACAUUAUGCAGCUUCCAAAAAUUCACUGACAGGAGCCUCGUGGCAAUAGGGAAUGGGUGCAAGGCAUUAAAUGUUCUUUCUUUGAGUGAUUGCUAUUAUUUAAACGACCAAAGUUUAGUUGCAAUUGCCAUUGGGUGCAGUGAACUUACACAACUUGAAGUUAAUGGCUGUCACAAUAUUCACACUGCUGGCAUUGAGGCUAUUGGUCAAUCAUGCUGGAGACUCACAGAACUUGUCCUUAAGUAUUGCCAAAAUAUCGGGGAUAGUGCCUUGUUUGAGGUUGGGAAAGGCUGUCAACAACUAAAAGCUCUUCACUUGGUUGAUUGCUCAAGUAUCAGUGAUGCUGCCAUUUGCAAUAUAGCAAAAGGUUGCAGGCACUUGAAAAAACUGCAUGUGCGGCGGUGUUAUAAGGUUGGAGAUGAAGGCAUCAUUGCUGUUGGGAGCAACUGUAGGCAUCUCCAUGACUUAAGUCUUCGAUUUUGUGACAGAAUUGGGGAUGAUGCACUCAUCUCUAUUGGGCAAGGUUGUCCUUCUUUGUGGCGAUUGAAUGUUAGUGGUUGCCAUCGGGUGGGUGAUAUUGGAGUCACUGCUAUAUCAAAGGGUUGCCCUCUUCUAACUCAUCUGGACAUCAGCGUGUGCCAGAAUGUUGGUGACAUGGGAUUGGCUGCAUUGGGUGAAGGGUGUUCACAUCUGAAGGAGAUUGUCAUGUCUCAUUGUCGAAAAAUCACCGAUAUUGGUGUGGGUUACUUGGUAAAAUACUGCACAAAACUUGAAGCAUGUCAUAUGGUUUACUGCCAAUUUAUUACCGCCGCUGGUGUUGCUACUGUAAUUUCUAGUUGUCUAAACAUAAAGAAGGUGUUGGUUGAGAAGUGGAAAGUCACCCCAAGAACGAGAAGGCGUGCUGCCUCAGUGUUAACGGAACUUUGUUUGGAAGCAUGAGUGCUAAUGUAACACUAUCCAUCUCCUUGAACCACUACAGUCAUGCAGAUCUUAAUUCCACAUCUGUUAUUGUUGGUUUUCUAUAUUAUAGCGCCUAUAAAUCUGAUUUUUGAUCAGUCUGUGUUUCUUUCUUUGUAAUUUUGAAGUUAUGAAUACUAUUAUUACACCUGUUCUCUUCAGGGAGUAAAUAGUGCAUUUUGUGGUACACACAUAUCACAUCUUUAGGUAGGAUUGAAUAAUCGAAGGAGGCUCACUGGGUAAAUCAUGUGAACACACAGGCUUUUUAAUAAUACCUCAUAAUUUUAGAAUUUAAUAACUCA